AUGGCUGGAGGUGGCAAUUCGACUCACAAGACAUAAAGGCACGCGCCGCGCCGCGCCGCACAAACGGGUGGCGCGGCGUGUCGCGUGGCGUGUUCUUGCGCGUGGAGCGGCGCGACGCGUAGUAGCACGCGUAGUGAGAAGCCACCAUUAGACAGAAAACAGAAAAAUCUGCAAGUGUUUCAUCACAAGUGCCUUCAACAUCUCAUGCACGUCCAACAAGUCCAACUGCCUUCAAGCCUGCCUCAAAUAAAAGAAGUAAGACUUCUAAACAAAAUAAGACCCAAACAGACUUCAUGAAUUACUGCAAGAAUCAGCUUGAAAGCAAAAAUGAAAUUGAUGAAUUUGAUGCAGCCGCAAUUUCGUGGGCGAAAAAAAUUAAAAAGAUGAAUCCAACUCAGGCUAUUUAUGCAGAUAUGCUUAUCAAUCAAGUUGUAAAU